GGUGCCUGAGCUCCUCGCCAAUAUAUUGAUUUCACCCUCGGCCAGAGUCUCGUCUCAGAGAGGUUUCCCAAUAGGACAUCUUGCUCCGAUAGAACAUCUCAUAUUUUGGAUUUAUAUUAUCAACGCGCACCUGUUUUUCCAAAAGAACAUUUAGGAUUUUUUAUAAUAUAUUCGCGCACCUGCUUCUAUAACGAUGGGCUGCUGUAACGAUUCCUCCGUGCUGUCUAGGGUAGCCACCGUGGUGAUCGUGGUGUCCUUCGCCUGCUGUACCGUGGCCAUCUUCACCCCCUACUGGUCCAACCUGGAGUCCAACGGGACCGUCAACUACACCGGCCUCAUCUUAACCUGUACCAAUGACAUCACCAACUGCUUCAGCCUGGAUAACGUGCUGUCCGUCUACCAGGGCACGGAUUACUACGACGAUUUCUUGGCCACAUUGUCCCUUCAGUUGGUCGGCUGGGUCUGUGUUCUGGUUGGCAUGGUGAUCAUGAUUGUUUUCUCUAGCUGUGUCCCGAACAAGAUCCUCGGUUGGGUGGCUAUCAUAUUCAUGCUACUUGGAGGACUUUGUAUCACGGUGAGCCUGAUCCUGUACGGAGCCUCCCUGACAGAUCUCUACAACUCCCUCCUGAACUGGUCCUUCGGGUUGGACGUGGCCGGGGCUGCCCUCGCGCUCACUGCCGCGGUCCUGAUGAUCGUCAACAGCUGCAUCAUACCCUGAAUACACCCAAGGGGAAUACGCUCAUGAUCAUCGGGGUGUGGGUCAAGGGGAGGUAACCCGAACACAGCCUAUAGUGAUUGCGCGCUGUUAUUCAAUGGUGCAUUUUAUAGUUUAAGUUCAUCUGAUAGCGCCCAUUACCACCGCGAGAAGGAAGGAAUUCACAGGACAUUCAGAGCUAGGAAUCGAUGCGUUUCUACCUUCAGAUGGGGAUCACAUAUACAUCAUUUCAUCAUCUAGAGCAGUGAAUGUCAGUGUCAUGUGAAUGACGGUCCUAUCAACUAUGUGAAGGACCUAAUCUUGAUUUAUGUUUAAAUUCAGGUUCGAUUUCUAUGCAUUUUAUAUAACGUGUAUGUAUUUGUCAGUUUUAUGGUUGUGCAAUUUAUGGAUUGUAUAAAUACAUGUACCUCAUUUUAAAACAUUUUAAAAAUUGGUCAGUUUUAUUUACUUACAAAUCUUUUAUAAAUGAACAUGUAAAGUAUAUUUUACACCAAAUGAAUACUUGAUGAAUGAACGACAUAGUUAACUUCUUUAUUCAAAUAAAAAUUGACACCAAAAAAUUCCAAAUAAACAACUGAACUGUGACCAGUACCGGAUCUAGUCUGCUAAAUGAAAUUUAUUGCUAUUUGGUUGCGUAACAACUACUACCAAUCAAUGUACAUUUACAAUGUUGUAAACAGACACAAUUUACAACUAAACCCCCGUAAAACCUGUAAACAAUACCACCGCUAUAGAGUCCUCCACUGGUAAACUGUAAAACCAUUUAAGGGAGAUGUUCGGCCAUCUUGUACAUUUGUCAUUUGAGAAUAAAAAUGUUAACAUUUCUUGAA